GCGUCACUCGAUAUUUCAUGUACUUCAUAAAUGUGCCAGAAUUUUAUUUCCACCACGGGUUAUUGUUGAAAUUUUCUCCCGUCGAAGAGUAUUCCGCUUCAAGGAUAUGAAAACUGUACUUCUUGUUAUCUGCAUCAGCAAUGCUGUUUGCUUCGAAACAUUCGACGAACCCAAAGAUGCAGUAAAAGUAAUUGGUCGAAAAGUAGAAUCCGCUGACGGAAUCAUAAAUGCCGUACUGAAAGAAAAAGAAAAUGUGGCAGAAAACAUUUCCCAUAUGAGAAACUCCAACAUAGAAGAUCCAUCCCAAAAGAAGAACGGAAAAACAUCAGUUCAAUUGGGAGAGCAUGUCGUAAUAAACAGGAAAAGAAACAGUGGGGCUCAUAAAUACAUAGCGAACUCUCUCAGUUUGACAUCAACUGGACCAAAAAACAUGAAUUCUGUUAUAGAACGAAAAAAUGAACACAAUUCAAAAAGUAGCAGUAGCAAAAGAUCUGGUGUCUCAAAUAAUCACCAACAAGGUAAGACAGAAACCAAUAAUGAAACGUCUGUGAUGAAUAUUGUAUCAAGAAACCAAGGAACUGAAAGAAGGAUGGAUCAACCAAAAAAACUAUCAAGAGUGGGAAAUAGAGGUCCACCUACUCCUACGAGAAAACUAGCUUCUUCAAAAAAUUAUCAAGAAAAUAAGACGAAAAAAGUUGAUUCAGUACUUGCUGGUUCAGAACACAAAUUGGCAAUUAAUUUAUUGAACACAAAUUUUCCAGUAGCCAGAGACACAAGUGCACAUAACACGACAAAUGAAGUAAUCAAAGGAACUGGUGCAACAAAACCUAUUCAGAAAACUGAGGCUGAAGAAACUGAUCAAAAAAUUUUGAAAGCUAUACCCAUGAAAGGAAACACAUUGACAGAAACAGAACUAGAGAAAGAUAAAGUGAAAAGUGGUCAUAAUUCAACAAGGAGGAAAGUCAAACAACCAGAAGCAAAAUAUAAUAUUCAAAGAAAAAGAAUAGAAAUGAAUUCGAAAAGAACUUUAGAAAAUAUUGGUGCAAUGGAACUGAAUCCAAAAAGUGAUAGCAAUCUAAGGAGAGUAGAUUAUUUUGCUCCGUCGACUGAUCUGAAUCUACAGAAAGCAUUGGAAGUUGUUACUGGAAAAAAAGCAGCUAAAAUCAAUCCAAUGAUAUUCGUGGGAGAACCUAUAAUGGUGGAACAAGUUUUGAAACCAUUUGAUGAUAUGACACUGAAGAUAACUGGUUCUGAAAAUCACCAAAAAGAUAUGAGUCACCGUGCAAUGAAAAAUUCUACGAAAUCUAUUCCCGUGAUGAGCAGAAGUGAUCUGAAACACGUAACAAUGGAGAAAACAAAAGAUGUGGUAUCGGUUCCAGGAGCUAGAAAUUCUAAUCAACAUAAUACGACAAAGAAAAUAAUCAAAAAAUCUGGUACCACAGAGCCCAUUCAGAAACAUGAAACAGGAGGAAUUGACCCAAGAAUCCUGAAAGGUGCUUUCGAUUUCGAAAGUAUCAUACACGCGAAAGGACAGAAAUUGACAGAAUCGGAACUGGAGAAAGACGUAUGGACAGUUACGGAAAGAAGUAAUUUUGAUUCAACAACGAGAAAAAUCAAACGACCAGAAGUAUCAAAUAAUAUCCAAAGAAAAAUGAUAGAGAAAAAAUUGAAUACUAGUGCGGAUAGUGCACGGAGGGAAAAAUCCAAUCCUUUAGUUGGUGAUAAAAGUAGUGGCAGUCCACCAAGAAGCGAAGUCAAAGAUUCUGCUUCGUCAAAAAAUAAUGAAAUGAAUAAGUCAGAAUUUGAUUUACAGAAAGCUUUGGAAGCGGUUACUGGAGAAAUGGCACCUGAAAUCAAUCCAAUGAUGUUGGUGGGUGAAGCGAUAAUAGUGGAACAAGAAUUGAAACCCUUCAACGAUAUGACAGGAGUGUUAAAUGAUUCUGGAGAUCACAAAAAUGGCAUGAGUCAUCGUGCAAUGAGAACCUCUACGAAACCAAUUCCCGUGAUUAACAUGAAUGAUCUAAAACGCAAAACAAAGGUGGAGAAAUGUAAUAUGGAUUUAGAGGUCCGGUGUAAACAGGAUAAGUUUAUUCCAAUUUCUACUAGUUCUGAAUGUAAUUUUUGAUUUCAUUGUUGAUGUUUGUUCAGUGAAUUAUAUUGUAAUAUAUUCUAAAGACAAUGUCUUUAGAAUAUAUGGAAUUAAAAAAUGGUCGAAUA